AUUGCGGCCUCUCAUCCCGCUCGCUGAGCUGAGCCUGGUCAUUCAAUCCGGCUUUGGCAUCGCCGCGUCUUUUGGCCGCUCUCUUGUUCGACGGGCUCUACUUGUCUCCUUGAGUUUCCCCCCUUCCCCCCGCCCCAUCUCCUGGAGCCAUUCUCUGUCCAGUCGACAAAGAUGCCGCGAUUGUCCAACAUCAAAACUGCCCUUCGUCGGCCGUCGGCGGAGGAGGAGAAGCGCGCCGAUCCCACCGUCGUCGACGCUUCCUUUGAGAGGACAGACAAGGAGGCCGUGGCCGACAACGCCGCCCCUGUCAACAACGAUGGCGGUGACACAUCGUCAUCAGACCUUCCCGCAAAGGACGCGCAGCGCGGCGUGCAAGAAGUUGAGGCCGUGACAAUGAGCUGGUCCAAAGCGGCUCUGAUUGGCGUCUUCCUGAACAUCUGGUUGCUAUACUUCGUCAAUGCCUUUCAGAGCGCCAUCCUCAACAGUCUGACGCCCUAUGUGACGAGUGAUUUUGAAUCCCACUCGCUGCUCAAUGUUAUCGACAUCGUCGCUGGUUCCAUGACAGCCGCCGUCUUCAUCCCUCUCUCCAAGAUUCUGGAUAUCUGGGGCAGAGCCGAGGGGUUUGUCAUCAUGGUCGUCUUUGCUACACUAGGGCUGGUUCUCAUGGCCGCUUGCGACGGACUCGCCAUGUUCUGUGCUGCAAAUGUCUUCUACAAGGUCGGCUUCACCGGCAUGACCUACUCUAUCGACGUGAUCACCGCCGAUUCUUCCCAACUGAAGAACCGUGGCCUGGCUUAUGCCUUCACCUCCUCGCCCUACAUCAUUACAGCCUUCGCUGGCCCUAAGGCUGCCGAGGAUUUCCUGGAACACGUCAACUGGAGGUGGGGCUUCGGUUGCUUUUCCAUCAUCUUCCCGGUCGUUGCCGCUCCCUUGUUUUUUGUUCUCAAGUACCACCGUCACAAGGCCCGGAAGCAAGGCCUGCUUGUCAAAGAAAAGAGCGGCCGCACAUGGAUCCAGUCCAUCUGGCACUACGUUGUCCAGUUUGAUGCGCUCGGAGUCUUUUUGUUUUCCGCCGGACUGACCGUAUUUCUUCUGCCGUUCACCCUUGCUGGCCAGGCGCCAAACGGCUGGGGCUCGGACUAUAUCAUUGCCAUGAUUGUCGUCGGCUUCGUUCUUCUCUGCGCCUUCGGGCUUUACGAGUCCUUCUGGGCCCCGGUCCCCAUGAUCACCUACAAGAUGCUGGCCGAUCGGACCGUGAUCGGCACCUGCAUGCUCAGCAUCAGCUACCAGGUCUCCUACUACUGCUGGGCCAACUACUUCAGCUCCUUCCUCCAGGCCGUCAACGACCUCACCGUGUCUCAGAGCGGCUACAUCGACAACACGUUCAGCGUCGUCUCGGGCGUCCUCCUCUUCAUCGUCGGAUUCCUGAUCCGCAAGACGAGCCAUUUCAAGUGGUUGCUGUACAUUGCAGUACCCCUCUACACUUUCGCCCAAGGCCUGAUGAUUUACUUCCGCCGCCCGGACCAGUCCGUUGGCUACCUCAUCAUGUGCGAAGUUUUCAUCUCCAUCGCCGGCAGCACCUUCAUCAUCGUCAUGCAGGUCGCCAUGCUCGCAGCUGUCGAUCAUCAGCACGUCGCCGCCGCGCUCUCCCUGCUGAACGUCGUCGGCACCACCGGCUAUGCCGUCGGCGCUACCAUUUCGGGUACCAUCUGGACAAACACUUUCCGGAAAGCUCUGAUUCGGUACUUGCCUGAAUCGGCGCUGCCCCAGCUCGACGAGAUAUAUGAGCAACUUGAUGUCCAGCUUUCAUUUGCGGACGGAACUCCUAUCAGGCGAGCCAUCCAGGAAGCCUAUGGUUACGCCCAGACACGGAUGCUCGCUGCCGGCACCUCGGUAAUGGCUGUGACUUUUGUUGGUGUGCUAUUGAUGCGGAACAUCAACGUUGCCAAGGUUGCGCAGGUCAAGGGCGUGGUUUUCUAAGGCCCUUUUUUGGAAAGUUUCCAUGAUCGUAUUGUGCAACGAGUAUUGGCAUUGAGAGAUAAGGGUGGACUUUGGACUAAUUCUGGUUCGGAAUACCUGUAUUUCAUAAUGUGACGAUAUCUAUCUGAAGAGUCGCAAUGAAUAAGAUGCUGUGCAGGGUGCUGGUAUAUU